UAACAGCGGAGAGCUCACGUUUACGCGAUUUUAAAAUCAGUCUGUGUGAUUGUUACGUCGCGGCUGUAUUAUGCAUGUCAUCGUUUAAUCUCCAAAUCUAAAUUUUAUUUUAAUAAGUUUUCACAUUAAGCCAAAGUGAUAAAUAAUAAUGGGUGUUAAUAAAAAAGCCAGUAGUGAUUCUUCCGGAAAGGAAAAUAAUAAAAUGUCUUCUGAAAAAUCUGCUCCGGGAUUGAUCUCUCGGUUCUUUUUUUGCUGGACGUUUCCUUUAUUUUACAAUGGCAAUCGUCGAGACCUGGAGGAGUACGAUUUAGUGCGCCCGAGGAAAAUAUAUGACUCAAAAAGUGUUGGUGAUAAAUUAGAACAAAAUUGGUUACAUGAAGAAGCUGCGGCACGAGCCGCUGGGCGUCCGCCGUCUUUUAUACGGGUCUUAACUAGGACCUUCUUCUGGUCUUUUAUACCUGGAGGAAUUAUGCAGUUUAUUUAUACUGCUUUAAGAACAGGUACACCUUUGCUUUUCGGCCAGCUGCUUCAGCAUUGGUCACCAGAUUCCUCCAUGGACCAGCAAACCGCUAUGUACUAUGCUCUGGGGAUGAUAUUAUCAAACUGGAUGGCUGCGUUCUUCAACCACCACGGCGGGUUAUACUGCCAACAGUUUGGGAUGAAGUUGAGAAUCGCCACCAGCACGCUUAUGUUCCGAAAGAUAAUGCGAAUGAACAACGCAUCUCUUGGGGAGACGGCGGCAGGUAAAGUGGUGAACCUGCUGUCGAACGACCUGCAGCGCUUCGACCUGGCGUUCCUGUUCCUCCACUACGUGUGGAUCAUCCCGCUGCAGCUGGCGGCCGUCUGCUGGCUCGGCUAUGAGCAGGCUGGCUACGCUGCCCUCAUCGGUUUGGCGGCCUUGAUCCUCAUCGCGCUGCCUAUACAAGGUUUUCUUAGUCGUACCAUUGGCAGCACGAGGUUCAAAAUAGCGGACAAAACUGAUCAAAGAAUUAAAGUGAUGAGCGAAGUCAUCUCUGGGAUUCAAGUAAUUAAAAUGUACGCGUGGGAGAUACCUUUCCAGAAGAUUGUGAGCAACAAGAGAGACGAGGAAUUAAAACAUAUCCGUAUUGCCACGUUCCUAAGGACCAUAUUCUUAGGCUUCAUGUUGUUUACGGAGAGAACUGCCUUUUUCAUCACCAUCAUGACCUUCGUGCUGUUGGGAAACUCAAUGACAGCCAAUGUUAUUUAUCCAUUACAACAAUUCAUGACCGCGGCACAACUCAACAUUACGCUGUUCCUGCCGCUCACAGUCACCUUCACAGCUGAAAUGCUGGUCUCCGUAAGAAGAAUUCAGGAGUUCCUCAUAUUAGAAGACAGGCCCGACUUGGCGGCAGUCACGGAGGCGCCUCGGGCUACGCUGUUCAAGAACAACAACUUCUCAGACGCCCCAGAUAAAACAGUCAGGCCUCUCUCUUAUCAACGUCAUUCCGAUGCAGUAUUUACUAAUGGUUUCAACCGUGCCCAGAAAUUCCGUCGCAGUAUUUCUGUGCCAAGCGAGUUCGCAGUGGAGGUGCGCGAGGUGUCAGCGAGCUGGACGGGCGACUCCAACAUGAUGGCUCUGAAGAACAUCUCCUUCCGGCUGCGUCGGGGCAAGCUCUGCGCUAUCAUCGGCGCUGUCGGCUCGGGCAAGUCAUCCAUUCUGCAACUGCUUUUGAAAGAGCUACCAGCUUCUACCGGCAACGUGGUAGUUCAAGGAAACAUAUCGUAUGCAAGCCAGGAGGCGUGGCUUUUCCCAAGUACGGUUCGCGAAAACAUCCUUUUUGGUUUGCCUUAUGACGUGCAAAAAUACAGAAGGGUUUGCAAGGCGUGUGCAUUAGAGAAAGAUUUUCUGCAAUUUCCGUACGGAGACCAGACGUUGGUGGGCGAACGAGGGGUGUCCCUGUCGGGGGGACAGCGCGCUAGAAUCAAUUUGGCGCGCGCUGUCUACAGGGAGUCUGACGUGUAUCUCCUGGAUGACCCCUUGUCGGCGGUGGAUGCUAACGUGGGCCGGCAGCUAUUCGAGGGCUGCAUCAACGGCUAUCUGCGCGGGCGCACGAGGGUGCUCGUCACGCAUCAGAUACACUUCCUGAAGGCUGCCGACUUCAUUAUAGUUUUGAACGAGGGUCGUGUGGAGAAUAUGGGCACCUUCGACGAGCUAGCUUCGUCGGGCAAGGAGUUCGCCAUGUUGUUGACCGCGCUCCAGGACGGGAAAGACAAGGACAGCGAGAGCGUCGGCUCAGGGGUGAGCGUUGAAGACAAAGAAAGGCCAAAGCUUCUAAGAAGCCAAUCGUCCACCGUAGAGACGGAACAGCCAAAGGAGUUUGAAGCGCAAAAGAUGAAAGAGGAGGAGCGGCAAUCAGGCAACCUUCGCUGGGAGGUCGUUAGAGCCUACUUCACGUCUGGCGGGAACAUCUUCUUUAUCAUGUUCACCGUGUUCAUGGUGCUCCUGGCCGCCGCCAGCGGCGCUAGCGUUGACUACUGGGUCAGCUUCUGGUCUAACCAGAUGGCUAUUUAUGAAGAAGGUUUAGGAGGAGAAGAAAUGGACCCAGGACUGGACGUGCAGGUGGGUCCCUUCACCACGGGACAGUACAUCAUCAUUCACGGCUGCAUCGUGGUGUCGUGCAUCCUGCUCACACAUUUCCGAGUCCUCCCGUUCGUUAGCUUGUGCGUCUCCGCCUCCAAGAACCUACAUAACCGAAUGUUCUCCACGAUGACCAAAGGCAUCAUGAGAUUCUUUGAUACUAGCUCUUCCGGUCGAAUUCUCAACCGAUUUACAAAGGACAUGGGCGCACUGGACGAAAUAUUGCCUCGCACAUUAUUGGACGUAUUCCAAAUCUACAGCACGCUGCUCGCCAUCCUAGUAUUGAACGCCAUAGCACUCUACUGGACACUAAUUCCUUCGGCAGUUUUGCUUAUUUGUUUCUUCUUCUUUGUCAAAAUCUAUAUGAAGACGGCCCAGGGAGUGAAGAGGUUGGAGGGAACGACUAAGAGCCCGGUGUUUGGCAUGGUGACGUCUUCUUUGAAUGGCAUAGCUACCAUCAGAGCGGCGGGCGCUCAGCAGAGGCUUAUAGCAGAUUUUGAUAAACACCAGGAUUUGCAUACAGCGGCAUGGAAUGGCUACCUGGGCGGCGGUUCAGCCUUUGGACUAUACCUGGACACAAUGUGUUUGGUAUACCUCAGCUGCGUAAUUUUCGUUUUCUUGUUCCUUGAUUUUGGAGACGCGAUAUCUGUGGGCAGCGUAGGUCUGGCGGUGACACAGAGUAACACUCUGACGGCCAUGUUGCAGCACGGAGCUCGCAUGCUCGUGGAGUUCAUCGCUCAGCUGACGAGUGUGGAGCGAGUACUCGAGUACACUCGUAUCGAGACCGAGCCCAACCUCUUCCAAGGCCAAAUGACUGCGCCCGCGCAGUGGCCGUCAGCGGGUCACAUCGAGUUCCAGCGAGUAUUCUUGCGCUACGCCCCUGAUGAGGAUCCUGUUCUCAAAGAUUUAAAUAUCGUGUUUCAGAGCGGGUGGAAGGUAGGGAUCGUGGGCAGGACUGGAGCGGGAAAGUCUUCAUUGAUAUCGGCUUUAUUCCGAUUCGCAUACAUCGACGGCACGAUAUCUAUCGAUGGCAUGGAUACCUCACUUGUAGGAAGACAGGAGCUCCGGUCAAAAAUUUCAAUUAUACCACAAGAGCCAGUUCUGUUCUCAGCUACAAUCAGAUACAAUUUAGACCCCUUCAACAUUUACAGCGAUGACGACCUAUGGAGAGCACUUGAACAGGUGGACAUGAAAUCUUCUAUUCCUUCACUUGAUUUCAAAGUUACUGAAGGAGGUUCCAAUUUCUCUGUAGGUCAGAGACAGUUGAUGUGUCUAGCACGCGCGGUUCUAAGAUCCAACAAAAUAUUAAUUAUGGAUGAAGCCACAGCCAACGUAGAUCCUCAGACUGAUAGUUUUAUUCAGCAGACAAUACGGCGCCAAUUCUCUUCAUGUACGGUGCUAACAAUCGCUCACCGGCUUAAUACCAUCAUGGACUCGGAUCGAGUGCUGGUGAUGAGUGCAGGACAAGCGAUGGAAUUUGAUCAUCCUCAUAUUCUGCUUUCAGAUCCAAAUAGUAUAUUUUCCUCCAUGGUUCGUGAAACUGGUGAUAAAACCAGUUCAAAACUGUUAGAAAUAGCAAAAGAGAGCUACUUCCAGAAUAAUCUGAAAGAAAACACAAGAUGAAAUGCUAAGCCAUAUUAUAUAAGUACAAUAAUUUUAUACUCCGCAUUGUACAUACGCACCCAUAGCUUUAUGCCAAGGUAUAUAAUUAGAUAUAUACCUUCCAAUUUUGUGCUUACUAGGGAUCAAGACAGCAUUAUAUUAAGUAUCAGGAAAAGUGAUUAUGUUGAAGCGUGACUAAAUUAAGUCAUAAAUAUUAAGUUCUUUAUUUUUUUUUAUAUCUGUCGAAUAUAAUUAAAUGUGAAUUCAGUAAA